AGGAGCACAUCGCGAGGAGAUGUCCUCUUAAACGUCGAGCAAGAUCAAGGACACAGAAUGAAGCAGGCCGCUCGCUGGCUGCUUUUGAUCGUCGUCCUCGUGACACGAUCGGCUUCGGUGUCGAGGGUGGACCUUACGACAAAGGGAAGAAUCGUCAGCAGCGAGAUCGAGGAAUUUUCGGUAUCGCGGGAAAACGUGAAGCAGCUGAAGACGUUGCUGAGACAAGCCUCGAAUUCGUCAGCAUCGACAAAUGAAACGAUCACCGCUACAAGACAAGGACCAUGUCAAUGUCUCGGUGGCGUUUGCGGAUGUUGCUCGCGGAUCUUGAAUGACAGGUGGAAACAGAAAGCCUGUGUGAAUAUCACGUACGAUCCCGACGAGUUUAGUUUCACCGCAAAUAUUUUGAUGAACGAUAGAGUUCUUUAUACGAGGACUGUUUCUGGAAAAAAUCCUAGACCGAUAUGCGUUCCUUUUCCAAGGCUACCAUUCAUGAAAGCAUGCGUCAGAUUUUAUAAUAUAUAUUUCCAAGGUAGAAAUAUUCAUCUAUGUGUCAAUAUGGAGGGAAAAUAUCAGUCAACGACAGUGUUUAAGGUGAGUUUAGACUGUCUUAGAUUCGGUGCAAACGGAUUAGCACUUUUAAAACCAGAAGACGGAGGCGGUUUGGGUCAAAUAGAAGUUUUUCCCGAUGACGUGAAUGAUAAUGCAGACGAUUACAAUAAUGGAAACGAGGAAUAUGAUGAUGACGAUGAUGAAAAUGAUAAUGAUGAUGAUGAUGAUGAUGAUGAUGAUGAUGAUGAUUUGUUCUAAAAAGAUCUUUUGUAAAAAUGGAUUACGUUAAUAUUAUAAAUUAUAUAUACUAUGCAUACAUAUUUGUUAUUAAUUUAAAUAAUUGUACAUAUUUUUUAGACAAUUUUUGUACAAAUAUUUAAAAAGAAAUUUAAUUCUGUAUUAUUUUAUAUCAAUUAAUUUAUUAUUUUGCGUUUAAAAGAGUAUUAAGAUCAUUCAAAUAUGAAUAUUUUAAAUCAAAUAUGCUAUGAAAUGUGUCAUAUUAAAAUAAAUUAUGUAUAUCUCGUAAAUUAUUGAUAUUUCGAUGGUUUUAUCU